UUCUUUUUUUUUUGAAGUACAUAAUGAUCAUAACAACAAACUGCUAACGUGUUAAGCGUAGAGUUUCGAAAGCGUUGCUGAAUGUUGUGAUUUGAAUCGGAAAAGUUGCUUUAAAAACGAAAGUGAAAAAUGAACUAAAGAAAAAAAAGGAGAAGAACAUGUUAAGAGUGUGUGUAGUUGGAAGUGGUGGUGUGGGAAAAAGUUGUGUGACGAUAAGAUUUUUAAAAAAUGAAUUCAACGAGUAUUAUGAUCCCACCAUGGAGGAAACUUACAAGACGGUGAUGACGUAUCGUGGUCGGCAACAUCACGUUGAAAUUGUGGACACGGCGGGACAAGAAGAAUUCACGACAUUUCUAGACUCGUCACUUUCGACCGGUGACGCAUUUAUGAUUUUGUAUGCAAUAAACUCUCUAUCGAGCUGGAACGAUCUCCAAGCUCUACGAAGCAAGAUAUUUCCGCCGGCGAACGAAGCAAGAAACUCGACUCAACGAAUCCCUUGCAUUAUUGUAGGGAAUAAAAAGGACUUAGAAAAUGAUCGAGACACACCUCAAGAAACAGCAGAAGAAUACGCUGCCUCGAUUAGAGUUCCUUACAUCGAAACCUCUGCGAAGACUGGUUUCAACAUUCACGAAGCUUUUGAGUUAAUAAUGAGUGAAAUAGAUCGCGUGCGCCCGGACUUAUUACAAAAACCGAGUAAAUCUGCUCGCUCCGUCAGUAGUGAGCAUCGUAAGAAAGACUGCAGAAUCGCCUGAUAAACAUAAUGUGAAAGCACCCUUCAUGCAAGAUUGAAGUUAGGCUAUUUGACGGUAUUUUGUCGUCCGAUUCACAUGGAUUCUCGCCUGUUCUAGUUGGGUUAAUAAUCGUGUUUGAAUACUAAAAUGCGGCUUCUCUCGGACGCUACUUUCGUUUCAGUGUCCGAUAUGUCACUGAUAGUCACAUGAUACAGAUGUUUUUGAAUCGUGGUAAUUCUGCUUAUUCUAAAUUUCUACAGAAAGUCUUCUGUUAAUUCUUUCUGUCUCGUGUGAUUAUCACGUGACCUGAUUAUGUGAAGAACAAGAGUAGAAAAUUUUAUUUUUGUUCUCUUUAUCAUUGUUGCUUUUUGUUCUUUAUAAUAUUUAUUAUUGGAUAGAUUUUUGUUUAUUUUUUUCUAACCUUUAGCAGAGUUUUUAUUAUGAACCAAUUAGAAGAUGUCGUAGUUUCGUAUGUAUUUUUAUUGGCUGGAUCGCUGUACCGUGAGCUUGAGACUCGGGGAAUAAGCCUUCGGCCAAUCUGUUUUUAGAUGCUUAUAUUGUAUACGAAAGCGGUAUUAUUCGCGAUUAGGCUGA